UUGCUGCCAGCGGCGUGAGCUCCGGCCGCCAUUUUACAACAGCUCCACUCGCGCCGGACACGGGGAGCCGCGAGCACGCGUCUCCCGCAGCCCAAUCUCCUCGAACAGGAUUCCUCCGCCUCGGCCUCACGGGGAGAUCUCUGGAAACAUGGCUACAGAACAUGUUAAUGGAAAUGGUACUGAAGAGCCCAUGGAUACUACUUCUGCAGUUAUCCAUUCAGAAAAUUUUCAGACAUUGCUUGAUGCUGGUUUACCACAGAAAGUUGCUGAAAAACUAGAUGAAAUUUACGUUGCAGGGCUAGUUGCACAUAGUGAUUUAGAUGAAAGAGCUAUCGAAGCUUUAAAAGAAUUCAAUGAAGACGGCGCAUUGGCAGUUCUUCAGCAGUUUAAGGACAGUGAUCUCUCUCAUGUUCAGAACAAAAGUGCCUUUUUAUGUGGAGUCAUGAAGACUUACAGGCAGAGAGAAAAACAGGGGACCAAAGUAGCAGACUCCAGUAAAGGACCAGAUGAGGCAAAAAUUAAGGCACUCUUGGAAAGAACAGGCUACACACUUGAUGUGACCACCGGACAGAGGAAGUAUGGGGGACCCCCUCCAGAUUCCGUUUAUUCAGGUCAGCAGCCUUCUGUUGGCACUGAGAUAUUUGUGGGGAAGAUCCCAAGAGAUCUAUUUGAGGAUGAACUUGUUCCAUUGUUUGAGAAAGCUGGACCUAUAUGGGAUCUACGUCUAAUGAUGGAUCCACUAACUGGUCUCAAUAGAGGUUAUGCGUUUGUCACUUUUUGUACAAAAGAAGCAGCUCAGGAGGCUGUUAAAUUGUAUAAUAAUCAUGAAAUUCGUUCUGGAAAACACAUUGGUGUCUGCAUCUCAGUUGCCAACAAUAGGCUUUUUGUGGGCUCUAUUCCUAAGAGUAAAACCAAGGAACAGAUUCUUGAAGAAUUUAGCAAAGUAACAGAGGGUCUUACCGAUGUCAUUUUGUACCACCAACCGGAUGACAAGAAAAAAAACAGAGGCUUUUGUUUUCUUGAAUAUGAAGAUCACAAAACAGCCGCCCAAGCAAGACGCAGGUUAAUGAGCGGUAAAGUCAAGGUCUGGGGGAAUGUUGGAACUGUCGAAUGGGCUGAUCCUAUAGAAGAUCCUGAUCCUGAGGUCAUGGCAAAGGUAAAAGUGCUAUUUGUACGCAACCUUGCCAAUACUGUAACAGAAGAGAUUUUAGAAAAGGCAUUUAGUCAGUUUGGGAAACUGGAACGAGUGAAGAAACUAAAAGAUUAUGCAUUCAUUCAUUUUGAUGAGCGAGAUGGUGCUGUCAAGGCUAUGGAGGAAAUGAAUGGCAAAGACUUGGAGGGAGAAAAUAUUGAAAUUGUUUUUGCUAAGCCACCAGAUCAGAAAAGGAAAGAAAGAAAAGCUCAGAGGCAAGCAGCAAAGAAUCAAAUGUAUGACGAUUACUACUAUUAUGGUCCACCUCAUAUGCCGCCUCCAACAAGAGGCCGAGGGCGUGGAGGCAGAGGUGGUUAUGGAUAUCCUCCAGAUUAUUACGGAUACGAAGAUUAUUAUGAUUAUUAUGGCUAUGAUUACCAUAACUAUCGUGGUGGAUAUGAAGAUCCAUACUAUGGUUAUGAAGAUUUUCAAGUUGGAGCUAGAGGAAGGGGUGGUAGAGGAGCAAGGGGUGCUGCUCCAUCCAGAGGUCGCGGGGCUGCUCCUCCCCGCGGUAGAGCCGGUUAUUCACAGAGAGGAGGUCCCGGAUCAGCAAGAGGCGUUCGUGGUGCGAGAGGAGGUGCCCAACAACAAAGAGGCCGCGGGCAGGGAAAAGGGGUCGAGGCCGGUCCUGACCUGUUACAAUGAAGACUGACUUGCUAUGUGGGAUUACACCAGAAGCUUGCAGUGGAGUAAUGGUAAGGAAAUCAAGCAACCUUAAAUAUCUCGGCUGUAUAGGAGCAUAUUCUAUUGCAGAAGACCUUCCUAUGAAGAUCAUGGAAUCAAAUACGGGACAUUGAACUAAUACUUGGACUUUGAUAUGAAUUUCUUUAACAAUUUUCUCUGCAGUGCAAGUUAUUAAACUAAAGCUACUCUAUUUUCCAAAUGUGUUCCAACAGAAAUCCUUCAUAACUUCUAGCAUGGUAUCUUAAUAAAGAAUAAAGUUCUUCUCUAAAAAAUCUGCUCUAAGUAGAUUUUUCCCCUGUUUUUUUAAAUUAAGGAUCCCAGCAGUGGUAUUUUGAAAUAUUCUCUUGAAUUUGUGCAUUUAAAUUUUAUUGCAGUGGUAUAGAUGAAUGCCACUGUUGGUAUCCUUAAAUUAUUUCUGCUCACCAAGGUUAAUCAUGAUUGUCUAUAUCUUUUUUAUAGUAAUCAUUUUUGAAUUGUGUUCAGAUAUGCAGUUUCAGGUGUAAUCAUCAGAGCUGGUUAGUCAGGCAUUCCAGAUAGUGGUUCUUUUCAGAACCUUUUUAAAAGGGUUGGUUAACUACCUCAGUAGCAGAGGAUUGAACUAUACCCUGUCUGUACUGUACAUAGAAAAUCUUUGUAGAUAAAAGCAAGGCUUGUUAAAUAUGAUAUGAGGGUAAGAUUUUAAUAUACCAAAUGUAACAUUCUUAGUUGCCUUUAGUUUCAGAGGCUUGUAAGACUUCCUCAUGACCAUCAUAACAGGCCUUGCUUUUGUCGUAUUUUGUGGCUGAAAAAGCAGCCUUGCUUCUUCAGAUAUUGUAGUUAUUUGGAUGUAAAAUAGUUUAGCAAGAUGUUACUUUUGUAAGACAUCAGAUGUUCAAAAAAAAGUGCAUCCGAACUUGUACUAAAUACUGCAGUGUCCCUUUAUAAAAAGUCAGACUAAAACUGACAGUUGUACAGCGAAGCCUGACAUUUGGAUAUUUUGAAGUUUUUUCAUAAAUCAUAGAAAUUAGUAUAUGGCUGUAGUUUAGCUUUUUAGGUAAAAGGUAUGUUUCAUUAGUGCAUUUCUUAAUGCUGAUCACUGUACACAUGUGAAUCAGCUUUCCAUUUCUUAUGCAGGUCAUGAUAACUUGUAGAGUACAAUCAUCUGUGCUAUGUUUUUAAUUUUCUAAAGCACCUUGAUGACAGUGAGUGUUCAGUGGUGAAGCAUCCUCUAUUGAAUCACCCUCAAAAUUUUUGGCCAAGUCCUGAGUUGAUAACUUAAAGUCAAAAGUGAAAUUACAGUUUCAUUAGGACUUGGUGUAAAGAAAUCCCUUCUCCCCUUCCCCAAAGGGAUACUGCAGUUAUAUCACAUACCCAAUAGGCACCAUGAUGAAGAUCAGAGCUUAUACUUAAUUAAGGUUUUAUACACACCAGUUCCCCAGUAAAUGCAAAUUUAACAAGAAAAUUAGACAUGUCAUAUGUUCAAAUUGCUCAUGGCAAACAAUCAUUUUGCAUUCCUGCAAAUAAAAUUGUUUUAUACUGUAA